UGCCCGGCUGAUAACCUAAGUUCUGCGGUGAUAAGUGUUUGUUUACAUCUUGCACACUUCAAAGUUCACUUAAUUUCAUUUGCAUUCUGCGGUCGUCAUUUUGCUGAAAAUCAGCCUUCAGUUUCUGUUCUGUGGAACCUUUUUUUUUUCGUCGGAUCCCAUUGCUCAAAUUUCAACAUGAUUUUCUCAGACCCAGUACUAUUUGCCGUAUGCAUGCUGGAGACCGGUGCUGCCCUUUUCCUAUUGGUGUAUUUUAUUAUAACUCUGUCAGAUCUUGAAUGCGACUAUCUCAAUGCACAACAGUGUUGUUCAACUCUUAAUCAAUAUGUUAUCCCAAAAAUGGUUGGGCAUUUGUCAAUGACAGCAAUUUUGCUUUUACACGGACAUUGGGUUUUAUUUCUUACCGCUCUUCCAAUAGCUCUGUGGAUAUUGUAUGAAUAUUUUAAAGUACCUGCCGGAAACCCAGGUGUAUAUGAUCCCACAGAAAUUCAUAACAGAGGGCAAUUGAAAAGACACAUGCGUGAUUCCCUCAUUCAUCUUGGUUACAACCUUUUAGCAUUCUUCAUGUAUUUGUACUGCAUGAUUAUCUCCAUUUUAAAAGAUAAUCCAAUUAAACAACGUGAUGAUGAAAUCCAGACUGACUUCUAGAAUUGUUCAUUUGAAGGUAAUCUCUGUUUUCUAUUGGUUAUCAUUCCAGCUUCAAAGUACCUUAGUACCUUGACAAGCUAAUUUUAAAGAGGCUUAAUUCUCUGACAUUCCAUUCGAUUCAUUUUUUUUCAAUUUGUAUUCUCCAGCCUGUCUCAGAGGAAGGAGGGUAAAAGUGUCGUUCGUAUAUAUUUUGCUUUUCACCUUCAUUGAGGUACUUUGAUAUACUGUGUGUAGAUUUGCUAUAACGUAUUAAAUUAAACAAAAUAAUUUUGAUACAGAAAUUUUGUUUGCAAUUUUGAUUAAGUUGCUCUGUGAUAAUUAUAAAUACUUGUGAACAGAAUUAGAAACCUGUAGUUAUUUAUUUUUUUGUACUUGACUAGUCAUAUUUGUGUGACAAGCUAUUUUUUAAGUGUGUAUGUGUGUGUAAGACAUGUAGUGUAAGUGCCCUGACUCUGACAGCAUCUGCAGUUUUAAAGGAGCACAGAGCUUGGAAUAAAUUGGACAGAGGAAUAAAAUUUCUACAGGUUUU